GAGCAGCCAAUCAGAAGUCGCUAGCCGUUGUAAAUAAACUGCUCCUGUGAGCUCGUGCAGCUGGAUCGCGAAGAGAAAGAGGAACCAUGCCGUUGGAGACGACAAUCAGCGAAAGGAGGACAGCUGAGGCCAGUGCGGCAAGCAGCAGCCGACAGGAGGGCCCUGGAGGACUAUGGGACUCUGUGAAGAAAGCAGCGUUUGUCAUUGGAUCUGGAAUCUUGUUCUUGGCUGCAUUUGGCAACUCACUGACAUGGCACCUUCAGAGAUUUUGGGGAGCUUCAGGAGAUUUCUGGCAGAACUUGUGGAUAAAGUUGUACAUGGCAUUUGAGGGUCAUGAUGCAGCUUUGUUCUUCAUGGGGACAAUGUUGGCUCCCACUGUAGUGUUCUGGGCUUUGAAUGCUCUGCUGCUAUUGGUGGACACCACUGGUAAACCAUCUUUCAUCACUCGAUACCGCAUCCAGGUGGACAAGAACAACCCGGUGGAUCCUGUUAAGCUACGCCAGGCAGUAAAGACCGUCCUCUUCAACCAGGUGCUCAUCUCUGGGCCCAUGGUGGUCGCUAUAUACUACCUGAUGACCUGGAGAGGAAACCCCUGUGGCCCUGAGCUGCCUACCUUCCACUGGGCUCUGGUGGAACUGGCUGUCUUCGCCAUCCUGGAAGAAAUUCUGUUUUACUAUUCACACAGGUUGUUCCACCACCCCAACCUCUACAAACAUUUCCACAAACAGCACCAUGAGUGGACCGCUCCCAUUGGUGUCGUCUCCAUCUACGCUCAUCCUCUGGAGCAUGUGCUCUCCAACAUGAUGCCGGUGGUAAUCGGGCCGGUGAUUCUGGGAUCCCACCUGUCCACCACCUCCAUGUGGUACUGCGUGGCUCUGGUCAGCACCACCAUCUCUCACUGCGGCUAUCAUCUGCCCUUUCUGCCCUCCCCUGAGUUCCACGACUUCCAUCACCUCAGGUUCAACCAGUGCUACGGAGUUUUUGGUGUGCUGGACCGGCUCCACGGCACCGACGCCAAAUUCAGGGAGACCAAACAGUAUGAACGGCACACGCUGCUCACCAGCCUCACCCCUCUUACCCAGAGCAUCCCCGACACAUCUAAGAAGGGCCAGUGACGACCUGCCACCUUUGACCUCAGGCCUCACCAAGCUUUUGGAUGGUUAUAAAAGCGGGGAAGGGGUGGGGGUAGAGUUCCCCAUCUGUCUUAAUUAGGUUUUGAUUGUUUUAAUGUUUAUCAGUUUCAGACUGUGAAACUCCCCCCGUGCGAUUUAAACUGUGGUUGUUGCACUUUAGCAGAUGUUUAUCACUUCCUGUUCAGUGGGAGUCGCUGCCACGAAUAAUUUUUUAAAUGAUCAAUUAUGAAAUUGAUUAUUGAAGAUCAGGAUUUGGUCCUUUACUGGUGAUGAGGCAGAGCCGUCUGUUGGUUGGGGUCAUGUUCUGGUAACAUCCCACCAAAAUACAAAAUGCACCAGAAUAAAAACUAAACAAUUAAGUUCAGCUAUGCUAAAAAAAUAAACAAAAAAACCCCCAUAAAACUCAGUCCUUUAACCUACAUCAUGGAAAUAUGGCUCACCUCCCAGAUUCCACUUUCAUGUAGUGAUUUAAUCAUGUAAAGAUUACCUCUUCAUGUUUGUAACAUAGUAUUAAUGUUCAUUUUAAUAUCAAAUACAAGCUUUUGUGUUGUAGAUACCUUAACACAUAGUAACAGCACUUAAAGCCGGCACAUGAUCACUUACUGUUUAUCCAGAAGAUCUGGCAACAGACAGAUCUUAGCUGCACUUUCUGUUAUCAUGACACUUAAACAUGCUUUGAAAUGUUAAGCAUGGCUUUUUGUAAUACAAAAAAGAAAAACCUCCAAUUGUUGGGAAUAUGUAUUCUAUGAUAGAUAAAAUGUUGUUCUGAUGGGACAGUUUGAUUAAAAUAUUUUAAAAAGA